AUGGCACCCAUGACGCCCCGGCUCAAGAUCCUCUCAGGGACCGGUGCUCUCGCAUCGUGUCGAGUGCAAUCAGGCAUGGCAGACGACAGCGAGCUAAUGAAGACGUGUGUAGUGGGAGGAAACCCAGUUUCGGCCUUCCUAUCGUGGAGAUUACAAGCGACGAAUGCUUGCGACGUUACACUGGUGUGGAAGUCGGGAUUUGAUCACGUCGCGCAAUACGGCAUCUCUUUCAAGUACGUUGUCACUCGCUGCCCAGCAUUCCGCCUGCGCCUGUCUAAUCAAGAAACUCUUAGGUCUCCUGUAUUUGGCAACGAACGGUUCAAACCGCGACAUGUUGUGCGCGUUCCCGAAGAAGCCGCGCAAGGCGGCGGUCCCUUCGACUACGUGAUUCUUUGCAUCAAGGCUCUCCCCGACGUUUACGACCUCGCUGCCGUGAUUGAUGCCGUCGUUACCCCUCAGCACACAUGUAUCCUCAUCAACACAACCCACACCCUUGGCGUCGAGGCUGCCAUCGAAGAGCGGUUUCCCACCAACGUAGUUCUGUCCCUGGUUUCCAACGCCGAACUCUCUCAGCUUGGUCAGAGCGAAUUUGAGCACAAGGGCUCGACUGAAGUCUGGGUUGGGCCUUCGAGCAAGAAUCAAAACAUUCCGGGUGCAAUUCAGGGAGACAUGGCUGAGGCGCUGGCUAUGACGCUGAAUACUGCUCAAGUUGACUGCAAAGUGUCUCAGAACAUCCGCCAGCAGCAAUACGAGCGGGUCAUUGGGCCUAUUGCCUUCCACCCCGCCAGCGUCAUAUUCGAGACGUCGAGCCACGCCCAACUACUCGAAAAGGUUGGCGUACGAGACUUGGUGACUGGCGUAAUCGACGAAAUGCUCGCGUUGGCAGAGGCGCAUGAGUGCAAAUUGUCUCCCGACUUCAAGCAGAAGACGAUCGACGACAUGACGAAGUCCACAACCCCGGAGAGCAUCAUGUGGCAGGACUUCAUCGCCAGACGACCGAUGGAAGUUGAGACGUAUUUGGGCUCCCCGAUAAAGUUGGCUAAAGAGGCUCGCGUUGCUGUCCCUCGCAUCGAGACGCUCUACGCCAUUCUGCAUAACCUCAAUAUCGUCAACCGUCAGAAACCGCCCAAGCCCGUCGACGCGACAAUGGCGCCCCCCGGCUCGCCGACAACCCAAUCGCCCCUUCCGAGAAUGUCAUCAUCAAACGGCAUCCGACCCGGCAUGAACGGCAACGGCAUGCCUCCCAACCGGGGGCCGCGCCCGCGAAACUCGUCAAACCUUGGCCCAGGACCCGGACCCGGCAUGCGUCGACCCCCAAUGAAUGGAGGCCCUCCUAACGGCUUCCCUCGCGGCCCUCCUCCCCCUGGAUCCCGGGCGGCUUCGAGACGGGGUUCCAUGGAAGGGAACGAUUUAGAAGAAUUCUCCCACCUCAUGCUCUACGACGACAUUCCCGAGGGCGGUGAGCCUGGCUAUGGUCAUGGUCCUGAGGGUUCCGAUUUGGCGGCACGUGAGAGGGAACUUGAGUUGCGUCAGCGGGAGCUAGCGAUGAGGGAGCGAGAGAUGCGCAUGAGAUCGAGGGGACCUCCCCCGGGACCCAGGAGAGGUCCGCACCCUAUGCGCAACAGUGCCCAGGUUUUUGAUGAGGAGGAUGACGACGACGAUUACUUCGAUCCGCAAUCCGGUCCUCCCCCUCCGAUGAUCGACCCAGACAACUUCGACAUGAUGAGCGUCACCUCGAGGAAGAACCGGAAAGCAGCGCCUCCGCCGACACGUGCCCAGUACCACAAGAACGAGAUAUACGACGCUGGAGGAGCACCUGCGGCCAGGACCUCCCGGUUCCGCCCCAACUUUGGACGCAACCGAUCGAGCCAGAUUGCUAGUAUCCCUGGUGCGAAUGAAAACAUCCUGGACGAUCCCCUUUUCUCAUAUUCGUCGAACCGAUAUGGUGCAGUUGACCGAGGCACGAUGCAGGCGGGCUCAAGAGCGAACUCGCUGACCACCUCGCGGAUGGACGAAAUGCAAUUGGGUGCUGGCCCUAUGCCAGGAGGCGUGAAUGGGGCAUUCCCGCGGCGAGCUAGUCAGUCUCCUGGAAACCCGUACAGUCCUUCGAUCCGCGGCGGAAGCGGCCGACCGUCCCCGCCCAAUGGUUAUCACGGCCCUCCCAUGAAUGGCCGUCCUUCGCCUCCCAACGGCAUGCGUCAACCCGUGCCCCGAUACCCUCCCGGCCAUGGUAACGCAGUCGCGCCACAGCAGGUUGAGCAACACAUCGGGGUGAGCGGUCUUGUUCCUCCACCCAAACAGAAGAACAUGAGAAGUCUGACUGGUAGUGCGAGCGCCAGCGCGGGUAGUGGUGAAUCUCAAAACGACACCGAGCCCUCGGCCCAUAGUAGCCAGAGCAGCCUUGGACAGAGGCCACCCAUAGGAGUGCGGUAA